UUCAAUGUAAAAAGAAGAUCUUCCGAAAAAAAUAAGUGCGUUGGUACACCACAGCAGGUUCGUAUUCUCCUGAUGCCGCUGUGCCACCUUAAACUAUCGACGGCAUGGUUUAUUGACCCGCGAAGGAAGUCAAGUUUGUACUGGUCAUCCCUUCUGGUAACUGGCAGACCCUACUUAAAACGUUGUAAACUCUGCCCUUUGACUAAACGCAUUUCCUCUCAUUUGCCUCGAUUCUAUAGACGAAUACGUUACCAAGAAGUUGGAGAUAUUUCUUUAAUCAUUACGCAUCCGAAUAAAUAUCGAAUUGUGUUUUAUAUCAUCUAUAUUUUAAUGCUAUUUUCCCAAUUUAAUGUCCUUUAACUAUGACUUAUUUGACAAAUCUGAUAGUACAAAUUAUAUUAUUUUUUAAAUCAUUCUGGUUACAUUUUGUAUUAUAAUAUUUGUGCGUUGUUCGCAGUCAUCUCCGAGGUUCUUACGAUUUAUAAUCUUAUAAAAAAGGAAAGCGCGACAGCUUUGUAGUCGCCUUCAUUAAUGUUAAAUUAGAAGCUCGCUUUCCUUUUUGUUAAAGGCCAGUGCAUGCGGUCCUCUACAGUUUCACAUUGAGUAUUUAAUUUCGGAUUACUGCGAAUGAACUAAAAUGCGACUCAAAUAUUCGUAACUAUACAACACUCCAAUAUAAUGUUUGUUUUUUUUUCUCAGACUAUAAUCAGACAUGACUUGUUUGCAACUGAAAGUGAGCGUUUAGCUGCAAAGCGUUCAGGACAAUUUUGAUUCCCAUGUAGAUAUCGCCAGCAUGCAAAUUAUAUAGUUAAUACACGUUUGAGUCUUGGUCAAAAUACUUUUCUUACAGCAAAUUAGACACGAAAACGAUGAAAGAUGUUUAUCGUCCUCACGUACUGUGAGUGUACAAAUUGGGCUUUGCAAUUUCACACAGAUGUUAUCUGAACGGAAACAUAGGCGUCAGCGUUAUUUUAAAUGACAGGGCUGUAAAGUCCCUCUAAAAAAUCAAAAUUUCCAGGCUAUGUCAACCUUAAAAAUUUUAUCACUCAGCUUUAUCUCAGUCUUACCAAAUUAUUCUGACUACAAUGUGUAUUCAACGACAAUCCAAUUUGCCUGGAUAAUUCCAUAAAGCAUUAAUUUUUUUGCUGAGAAAACAUCGGUAUAAUACUUUUGUCUGAACUUUCAUGAUAUAAUAUUUGCAUUAAUUCAUAACGAUAUGCUAUUUAUUUAGAAUAAACGUAAUUCUAAAGUAAAAGUAAACCAGACCAACUCGACACUGCACAGGAAGAGCAAUUUAGCUUUAUCCUUGAUCCAUUCGCCUUGUCAUGGAAUGAGAUACGAAUUAUCUCUCUAACAAAUAUAUUUUAAACUUGAAGUGGAUGCCUUGUUGCACUCCUCUACGCUGAAUUAUCUGCAUCCUUGCGGCAUUUAACAAUUUAUUGGCGAACUUAAGGAAUUACAUCCAAGAACGCUCCUGCAUUUUCCUUCUUUAUGCUGUUUUAAAAAUGCCCUUGCUUGAGAGCUGGAGCUUGCAAAUAACAUGUGAGCUUCCCGUCCAGAACGCCUGAACAUGAGUCGCAACUGUAUACCUAAACUGAAAUACAAACCAUCAAAAUUCGUAACUAUAUUUUAGGUGGGGGGUAAGGGAAUGGAUUAGGUUUUGGUAGGAACUAAGUAAUGAUUAUAGUACUUGCAACGAAUUCAACUAUAUCGUUUAAAAUCAAGCAUUACAUACAAACUAUAAAUCUUUAGGAUCACAGCUAGACGCGGCGCACUCCAACUUUUGUUUUAAUGGCUAGUCGUUUUUUUAAAAAGCUCAUUUAAAAAAACCUUAAUUUUAAUUAGAUGAACGGCUCUGUUUAGCGAAGUACAGAUUCAGGGCCCCGUGGCUUCACUUUAUGUAUAUAUGAAAUCAACAUUUUAUCCCAAUUUCAGACAAUCUGCACAGGAAACGCAAACGUCUCCUUUUUUCUCCCUUAGGCUCAGCACUGGACUUGAAUGGAUCUUGAUUCUGCGCUAGACCGCAUCACUCCACCAGUUUCAAUGUAACACUGCGCUGUCUAGCUACUCAUGUCCGCUCGCAAGCGACGGCUGAAGCUCCCCAACACCCGCCCCCACCCCUCGCCAGCAGACACUUUAGACUCAGACUUCAGCACUCCCCCCACAACCCCCCGUAACACCAGCAUACCACCCACACAAAAAACUCCUUCCUGACCCACUCUCCCUAACAGUGAAAAGUCAAAGCAGUAAGGAGAAAAAUAUAAUUGUUCAGAUUAAUAUAAAAACCCAGAGGAAAGGACGCCGUGUUUCAGUUAUUUCAGGUUUAUACAAUCAUCGGAUGGCUGUGAGGACAGCCGUAGGAAGGAGGGUGUAUGUGUGGGAGCAACGACGAUAGCACGUUGGCUUUAAGUGGCAUCUGAUAAUUGUCUUUGUUUCUUCACUAUUUCUGCGUUAUCAGAUAUAACGCAACAGUUCAAGUACUUCUCAUUGAUUGCGGGGGAAGACUUUGUUGCUACUGUAGAGGUACACCAAGAGAUUUUUUCCACCUUCAUUUUAAGCAGACGAAAUAUUUUUAACCGCAUAUAGCUAGCCAAAUAGCCGCAAACAAAGAUAAAAUUAAAACUGAAACAUUACGGCUGAGUUGCGAAUCGACAGCUUCAACAGCCAAAUCUAAUUACUUGGCCUUAAAGACCAAGGGUAUUUUUAAUUAAAACAGAACUAGGCUCAAUGCCAGUCAUUUAGAAUAGCUGUUAUUAAUUCUUUCGCAGAUUCUGAGUUGUUUCCUACAUAUAAACACAUUUAAAAAGCUGUCCCAAUGAGACACUGUUAAAAAUUACCAUUUUAUUCUGCGAACACAGCGCAGGAGAGCCAAACAAAUAAAUGAAUCGACGUGUGAUCAUUAGAUACAAAAGAAAAUAUUUCCUGUUAGAACACAAAUGGUAAGUUAUUCUACGCAAAAGGUUAUAAUAAUGACGGAAAAUUAUUACGAAAUAUUUCUUAAGUAAUUUCAUAGAUUUUUUAUUAAAUAUAUUGCACAUUUAUUUACUUAAACACUGGACCAGGCCAUAAUACCGGCCUUCAGGAAUAUCUUUUAUGUUAAUUUUAAUAUUGUUGAGUAAAAUCAUCCGUCGCUUUAGAGAUACACAUUCACACAUCUUACAUAUAUCGGUAGAAAGUGUGUGCGUGAAAGAGAAGGUUAGGCCCAAUUAGGUUUUAAAGCACAGUACUUCGUUGUAAUAUUUAAUAUGCCGAAGGGAGAAGGUAAUAAAUGAAGCCAUUAAUACGGAUGCUGGCGAAAUCCACAGAAAUAGGCCUCGUAUAUUUGUUCAAUGUCUAACGGUUUGUUUUCAUUUGCCAUUGAAAGGAAUCUAUCUGAGCCAUAUAAGAGACGAGAAUUCCAAAUACCGUCAGUGAAGGAAGGCUUUGCAAUUUUCGCCCACAUAAUCCUCCAGUGAAUGUAUGAAGGAGAUUGUCCACGAAUCCGAAGAGAAAAGAUGUGGGGACUACUGGAUUUCCGAACAAAUUAAUAUCCCCCGUGUAUCUGCAUCUGUCUACCAAAAAUAACACGUUAGGCGCUUGCUGUGUCUUUGCCGAGCAUGUCGACAUCGGGGACUAUCAGCAAUUAUUAUGUCGACUCUCUUAUAAUGCAUGAAAACGAGGAUCUGCUGUCGUCCAGAUAUGCCUCGGGUCCAUUGGCUCAGUCUUCCAGGCAGGCACCUCUUGCUGAGCACCCCGAUUUUUCCCCAUGUAACUUCCAAUCUAAAGCGACCGUGUUCAGCACGUCCUGGAACCCGGUUCAUGCUCAGAGUUCUGCCAAUAUGCCCGCCGUUUAUCACCCAUACAUGCACCAGGCACCUAUUGCCGCUACGCCUGAUGGUAGGUACAUGCGCUCCUGGCUAGAUCCCAUGCCGGGAACCUUGUCCUUCCCCGGGUUACCUUCCAGUAGACACUACGGUAUCAAACCUGAGCCCGCAGCUGCCCGCAGGAAUGACUGCACCACGUUUGAAACACACACGUUAGCCCUCUCAGAUUAUCCUUGUGGACCAUCUCCCGGUGAUAAACGUCUGGCCGAGAUUUCCUUUUCUGAAAAUAAUGGAGAGGUUGAGCCAAACGCAGAUAAGCUGCACUUGGAUCCAAAUAACCCUUCCGCCAACUGGCUGCAUGCAAGGUCCACCAGAAAAAAACGCUGUCCUUACACUAAACAUCAGACGCUGGAGUUGGAGAAGGAAUUCUUGUUUAAUAUGUACCUCACGAGAGACCGCAGAUACGAAGUGGCCAGAGUCCUCAAUCUCACCGAACGGCAAGUUAAAAUCUGGUUUCAGAAUAGAAGAAUGAAGAUGAAAAAGAUUAACAAGGAACGACCUAAAGAUGACCGGUGACACGGAUUAAAAUAUCUUGGAAGGGGAAAGGACUAACUCACUAUUACAAUCGAAACAGACCCUGCUUAGAAAGACAUUGAGAACAUUAUAUCAUACCAUUAGCACAAAUUACUCCUUUGCCAGUUCUGGACUACACUUGGUGGGAAAGACUAAUGCAUUGGUUAGAUGGGAACCAAAGAUGGAGACAUCUACGGCAAGGUUAAGUCUGUGGCUACGGAAGCUACCUUUACAUGAAAACUACCUUCUAUAAAUCUACCGCUAUUCUGUGCGGGCAGUAAUUCAGUAAUACUGUAUUAGUUUAAUAUUUACUCGUUUUACACGCAGCAAACGAUGCUGCCUAUAUACUUGAAUCCCUGUGUCUGUCGUGAUUAUCUCUGUGACUGGGCCUAUGUGCUUGGGCGGUGUCUGAGUUAAGAUCGUGUAAACCAACAAAAGAAAAAACUCAGCUCAACUCAGGAUGUUUAAUAUAAAACUAACAGGCUGUGUGUUGGACAUGAAAUGUUAUUUUCGUGGUGAACUUGGGACAUAUAUUGUAUUAUUUUCACUGUGAAUUAACUUGUAAAAAAAAAACGCCGGGCUUUAUGCUGUCUUUGUGAGACUGAGUAACGGCCUUGCCUGGGUGCAUGACGAUUGUGUUGUUCUUCAGCAAGUAUAUGAAACUGAAUUGCAUAGAAUGCUAAUAUAAGUUUUAUUUAAAAUAAAAAGCAGCGCUGAACAUUCUGCUAAACGAUACUAUUGUCUAUUGUGAUGAAAGCACGAAUAAAGUUCUCAGACACUUUGUAUUUAUCGGUGUUGUGGUGCAAAGAAAAGUAUAAGAUUUGGUUUAAAACUACCUAUAUGUAUAACUAGUAACUACCUAUGUUUCGUGUGUAAAUGUCACUCUUAAAAACUGUCUAGAUGCAUUUAUGCGAUGGAAAGAAAACAAUAUUGUCAAUAAAGGUAAUGUGUACAAUACAAGGAAAAUAUUUGGGUGCAAUAGAAAGAGCAUAUACCACUAAUGUGUUUUAAAUGGGAUUUUCUUUAGACCUGCCAAGCUAACACAUUUAAACUUGUGUACACGUUUAAAAUGAAUACCUCGUGUCAUAUUGACCAAACUAUACUGUUUGUAAUGAAAUGUCAUUUUAUUUGUUGUCUAAUAAAAUAUAUGUUUCACUACAUAAA